AUGGAUGAUGAAUUUAUGACAUUAAAAGAAGGAAUCCUUUUACUAUUCGAAGAUGAUAGACAACAAUAUUUAGAAAAAAGAGUUUCCCUUGUUUCAGAGGCCGGUAUUAUUAUUUUAUAUUAUUCUCAUGUAAAAGUAAGUUUUUUUUUUUUUUUUCUCAAUCUAUUUCCAGAAUAA